GCCGGGGCGGGCGGGGCUCGGGCCGGGCCGCGGGCCGUCAGCCACGGGCUGGGGCUCCGAGGAGUCGGUGGAGCUGCCGCAGCAGUGCGGGCUGUGCCGGUCACACAUGUGAACGGGCUGUCCCGGGAGCCGGUGGGGCUGCCUGGAGGUCUUUAAGGAGAGACUGGAUGUGGCACUUGGCAUGGUGGUGAUCGGCCAUAGGUCGGACUCGAUGAUCUCAGAUCUCUUCCGACCUAAUUGAUUCUGUGUUUCUGUCGCUGUGCUGCCUGCAGGCUCCCUUCUCCGGAAGAGCCAGUGUCACAGGGUAUUUGGAGGGAGUGAUGCUGGAUUAUGGUGAAGCUGCCCUGGUAAUUCCAUGCUUUUCUGGGACUGUAUUGUGAGUGUCUGUGUUGAAAGGAAAUGGUUCUUCUCAGGAAAUAAACUUUGUGUGGGGAGAGGGUGGGCAUUUGCUUUCCUAGCUAACAAGCUUGGAGAGGACCACGGGUGUGAUUGUCACUUCUCGCUCGGCAGCGCUGCUUGGGUCUGCUCUCUGCCAGCAGCCAGUGGAGCAGGGAGAGCUUCCAAAGGUAACCUGCCAGCUCCACAUCAUUACCUGCUCCCAAAAAUAAACCUUUCCAGUGUGACGUGGUGGCUUGGUUGCAAAGUGCAUUAGUAGCUGUCCUGGGGAGCCCAGCAGGUUUGCAUUCAUCUUCCCAGAGCAGAGCCCAGCCCGGUGCCCCUCGCUCAGCAGAUCCGUGCUCAGUGGCACCCCUGGGAGCUGCCUGGGCUGGGAUCUCAGCUGUCACAUCCUGAUAGAGCAGCUCCUGUGUGCAUCCACUCGCUCCUGCGAAGCUGCGGCUGUUCAGUGCCUGUCUCCCAGAGAGAUCUGAGCUCUGCAAAAGCUCUGCCCUGUUAAAGAUAAGCUCACAUGCUACAUUCAGCCAGGAAUUGUGUUGGAGAUGCAGGUGGAGCAUGCAUGUGGAACAUGGAGCUCCUGCCGGCCACAGUGCUGGACUGAAGGUUUGCCUCUCUGCUUUAGUGUGUGACAGGGAGUCAUGUCCUGUUGUCUCUUGGGCAGCUGGGAGAUGGCUCCUGGAAGCAGUGCUCCAGGGCUGUGAGGAUUUACUGUAUGUUUUCCUUUUCUUUCUCAGCCUCUUCCAGUGGUUUGACACUGCACCGAGCCGGACAUGCCCGCAGUGCAGAAACCAGGUCAGCAAAAGACACAUCAUCAGUAAGCUGUUUUUUGAUGUUACCCUGGAUGAGCAUGCAGCACCGGAUGCUGAGACCUUGCAGAAUGAACUGGACAAGGUGAAGGCCCAGCUCUCCUUGAAAGAGAAAGAAAAGCGAGAAUGCCAGGCUGUUGUGGACGGGCUGAGGGACACUCUGGAUGUGCGCAAUGCCACGAUAGAGUCGCUCCAGAAGAUGCUGGGAGAGACAGAGAUGCUGUGCUCCUCUCUCAAGAAGCAGAUGAAAUUCCUGGAGCAGCAGCAGGAGGAUAACAGAAGUUCAAAGGAGGAGGCUCGCCGGCUGCGAAACAAGCUGAGAACCAUGGAGCGGAUCGAGCUGUUGCUUCAGAGCCAGCGCCCGGAAGUGGAGGAGAUGAUCAGAGACAUGGGAGUUGGGCAGGCAGCAGUGGAGCAGCUUGCCAUCUACUGUGUCUCACUCAAAAAGGAAUAUGAGAAUUUGAAGGAGGCUCGGAAGAUCUCUGGUGAGAUGACAGAGAAGCUGAAAAAGGAGCUGCUUUCUGUCAAUAAUAAGCUGCAGAAAACGACUUCAGAGUUGGAGAAGACAAAGGAGGAGUUAAAAAACACACAGAAAGAUCUGAAGAAUGCAGACAAGGAGAUCUUGAGUUUGAAGAAAAAGAUAGACAUCCUGCAGGAUACUCUGAAGGUCCCAUCUGUUACCAGGGAAACACUCAGUCGGCUAGUCUUGGAAAGCCCUGCUCCCCUGGAGCUGCAGCAUCCAAAGCUGCACCGCCCGGCCCACAGCGAUGAGAUCAAUCUAGAUGCCACGUACGAUGUGGACACCCCUGAACAGCAGUCCUGCACAGUUCCCUUCGGCCCUGCAAAAAGGCAGAAACUGGAUAAAAAGCCGCCUCCUGUGGUAAAUCUGGCGAAGAAACUUCUGAAGGAAACAGUGGAGAACGGGGCAGAUGAUCUGGAGGAUGAUGCUCUUAAAGGACUCUUGCCAGCAUUCAUCAAGAACUCUUUUCUCUCCAAGAAGCCAUCUUCAGGUGGUUUGCUGGGUUCCCACAGGAGCACGGGCUCUGUGAGGACUGGCUAUGAUGGCAUGGGAGGCAGAACAAAGUUCAUCGAGCCAACAAACCUGGCAGAAAUACGUCCAUUAUCAGUUAGGAGCAAGAAGAAGGUCUCCAGACCGGUGUCUGCAGCUCCUGCAUCUUCCUCCAGCAGCAGCCAGGCCAGAAUGGACACUUUCCUGCUGUGAGAGCCCUGACUUCCUGGGAGAGACUUUUGGAGAAGAGGCUGCAGGGCAGAGCACACUUGCCCAGAGCCUGGCACGAGGCAAUGUGCAGCCACCACUGCCUGGGCUACUGUUCACAAAGCACUGGUGCUGCCCUGUGUGUGGGAUGAGCUGCCCUGUGGAGAACUCUGCCCUAGCAGCAAGCCUCUAGAGGCCAAGCCUCUGGCUAAUGCCUGGACUGAGUUACCCUCAUUUUACCAUUCCUUCCUCCUUUUUUCCAUGCAGAAUUAACAGGGUUUUCUUGCCUUCUGACCUGCUCGGAGUUCUGCAGUUGCUGCUGCUUUGGGCUCUCUGGCACCAGGUGGAACUGCACUUCUUGGAUCCGGCCACAAGCAGGAGGUGCAGGAAGGGUGUCUGGGAUGUCAGUCUGGAGAGCAGCAGGGAAAAUGGACCUGGACCAGCUCCAUGCCUGGUGUUAAUAGUUCCAGGAAAGUUUACUGGAGGAAGAAGUGUGUAGAACACCUGUGUGGCUGUCAAGUGUCUGUAUAUUCAUCAUCAAAUUAAUCACCUUCCCUCAACCACAGGCCUGUUGUGGCUGGGGACACUGACAGGUGGACUUGGGAGCUGUGUUGCCCUGCCUUGUUUCAGGUCAUGGAGUCCAGGGUGAUCUUGCAGGCUUGGCAGUGAAACUGCUGACUUGGAAGGAAAGUAUUGGGGUGACCCCCUGCUCCACUUGGAAGCAGAGAUAGGUGUGCUGGUGGGCGCGUGUUGGUGUGAAACUUGUUUGUUAAUUUCUAUGCUUUAAUAAGAUUGUAUUUUUAUUAUUUUGUAACUGUUCUGACUUGUAAUUAGAGGGUUUGGAAUGGCCUGGAGAAGUGCUGAAGAAUGGCUGUCUUCAGGGGAGGGGGAGGCUGGUGCAGUUGAACAUGUCUGGGUUCUUCAGCUUGGAGCCGUGGAACAGGAGAUCCACACAUGCAGCAGGGCUGUCCAAGCUGCAAGGAACAGAUGUGGUGAGGCACCUCAUAAAGCACUCUCCUGUACAAAUCUGACCUUUCCUAUUUCCAGCUGCUUCAGGCCAAAUCUGUAUUACUGGACUGGCUAAAACCAUGUUUUUAGGGAAUAAAAUAUAUUACUGUGUACACUUGUUAACACAA